CUGACCUGUUGCUCUGCUUUUUGUUUUAGGUAUGGUUUUGACAGUUCGCCCGUGUUAUCGUUUUCCGACUUUGAGGCCACAUUUGGAGUACCUCCGCUUGGUCAAACAAAAGCGCCUGUCAUUAUCUCCGGCUUUGGUUAUAAGGAGAAACUUUCUGUGGCAUUCGUCUUUCGGAAACUGCAAGAGGCUGCAAGGCAUCCGAAAUUUAAUCUGAAGGAACUACUUCCACCGAGUUGUUUUGAGAAGGACGGCCGAAUUCUUAUGCCACAUUUACGCGAACUGAUUGCUCGAAUUCGAAUAGACCUAAAUGAGGAGAACUUCCGCCGUCUUUGGGGCCAAAAAUUCGAUCUUAUGGGUGUCGGGUCCAUUUCGACGAAGCAGUUUCUGGAUCAAAUGAAUCUAAAUGAGCAGGGACUUCCUAGUGGCAAGAAAGUUGCCAUCAAAGACUACACCUUUCCGGAGCAACACAGACUUCAUUAUAAAACCUUUAACGGAAAUCCGCCUGUGCUGGUAAGUCAACAGGACUGA